AUGACGACUGUCCACGCCAACCUUGCAUCGACAUCCGUGUCACAGGACUGCACCAUGGCGAGCACGCGCUUGUUCGACGAAGAGGUCGAUGGAGAACUGUCACCUCCGAGUCAGGCGCACUCCCGAGAUGAUACCCAUGCCGGCUUCUCAUGGGACUUCUUCUUCGGCGACACCCAGCAUUUCGAGUCACUGGACGGUGACUCUACGACAGCCGACGGGUCUAUGUUGGAUCCUCUCCCUGCCAUGCCUCUUGAACUCAGCAUGACGGAAUUCUUGCAGCUAUGCGAGGAGGCAUUCUCAAUCACUGCAAAACGGCAGGUCAUAUCUGUUGGUAGCGAAACCUACGCCUUGAUGGGCGAUGGUAGCGACUGCGUUGACCUCACCGAGCCGUUGGUGGAUAUCCUGGUGGUUUCCGGUCAAGCUUAUCGCGUUGCUGACCCCGCAGGAGAUUGGUGUGUUGAACUUACCCAGCCCCUGGAGAAUGUCGUCGUGGUCAAAGGCACUGCUGUGGCCCGACGCCCACGAAGUCGCCACAUUGGCAAGCCGGUGCAGGACUUGAACGGAUAG